AUGUGCCUCGCUGCCCGGCAAGGAGUGGCCGCCGUGCCUAGACGGCAAGCAUUCUCGAUAUCCAAGCGCUGCCAAUCGACAACAGCAGCGACCGACGCAUCCUCCCUCACAGACGACAUCCCCCUCGACGGCGCCUUUUCCCGCCACAACCCACUCCCCUCGCCGCCCCCUGGCCGAGCUCUCGAGUCGGCCAAGCUCGCUGCGCUGCACGCCCGUCUGGCGCUGCCCACGUCGAUUCCCCUGCAAACGAUAGCCCGUGCCCUGGUCACGCCCUCGGCGGAUGGAAAUCAAAACUUUAACAAUGGGAGCCUCGCGGAGCUCGGCCGGUCCAUUGUCAACUACCACGUCCUCGAAUACCUCGUCUGCAAGUGGCCGCGCCUGCCUAUCAGCAUCCUCUACGAGGCCCUGCGGGCCUUUGCCGGUCGCGAAUCCCUCGAACAGGUCGCGCGCCGCUGGGGUGUUGACGCCGCCGCCGCCCCCGGCGAGGAAGUUGACCCGGGCCUGCUGCAGUGGAAGGCCGAUCCCAUCGUGGCGCCGAACUCGCGCUGGGCCUAUGUCCGUGCUGAGGCGGAGCGCGGCCAGUACUACCGUCGCGGUAUGAGCAGUCGUGUUGUCCUCGAUGACGCCUUUGGCGACACCUACCAAGCGGCCGGCGAGAGUGAGCCCGGCCUGGCCAAGAUGCAGGCCGCCGCGUACACGUCGUUUGUCGAAGCCGUUGUCGGUGCCAUCUAUGCGCACUCUGGCGCCGACACAGCCAAGCUGUUUGUUAAAUCACACAUUUUGUCGCGCGACAUUGAUCUCAGCCGCAUGUUCCAGUUCCAGCUGCCAACGCGCGAAUUGGCCAUGCUGUGCGCCCGCGAGGGCUUUGAGCCUCCGCGCGCUCGACUGGAGAGCGAGACGGGCCGCCGCUCGCGCACGCCCGUCUUCAUCGUGGGAAUCUACAGCGGCCAGGAGAAGCUCGGCGAGGGUGCCGGCGCCAGUCUCGACGUGGCCCGCCGCGUGGCAUCAAUGAAUGCCCUCAAGGCGUGGUACAUGUACAGCCCUGGUAACAAGGUCCGCGUACCGAGCGACAUGACCCUACCCGACGCCAAACCCUGGAAGGCGCCGCACAUUGACAUUGGCGAAAUCAUCUAA